AUGAUCGGUAGGGCAUACGCAAGAUGGGCCCUGCUGGCACUUUUGAUAGUUUUGGGUAUCAUGCUUUUCCGAGCUACUAGUUUCGUACCAAGCACCGAUCAUUUCAGCUCUGAGCCUGUUCCUAUCUACGAUGAGAACCGAAAAUCUCUCCAGCAGGUAGAUCCUCUGCAGGCGAUGCGGGAUACUCGCGAAAAACAACGUGCAGUUGAAAGAGCUAUCAAAUCUAGUUGGAUGGCCUAUAGCACCAACGCCUUUGGAAGUGACAUGUACAUGCCGCUCUCCCGAAAGGGCCGCAAAACGUCCGGGGUGGGCUGGACUCUGCUAGACAGUAUAGACACCGUUAUGAUGGCAGGCAUGUCUGAUGAGGUGAAGAAGAUCCGAGAGCAUCUUCGCACAACAGUGUUCAAGGAAAUGGAUGUUACUGUAAAUGUUUAUGAGGCAAUGUCACGCGGUGUUGGUGGCCUUUUGGGAGCAUACGCUACUUCGAAGGAUGAGUACUAUGCCAAGAAGGCGAUCGAGUUGGCCGAAAGACUGCUUCCAGCUAUAAACACAACCAACGGUAUUCCUGCGACUAUGAUCAACCUCAAAACCCUGCAACUGGGGGGCCCGAAAGAGGUCCCUAUCUCUGAAGCCGGCUCUAUGCAGCUCGAGCUGCAUUACCUUGGAAACCUCACUUUGAAUAACAAGUACUUCGAGGCGGCUACACGGUUUACUCGCUACAUUGCGUCUCAAGCAGCUGAAAAAGUCUUUAUUCCCGACAGAAUCAAUAGGGAUACGGGCAAGUUCAUCGGCAAAAGCGUGCACUACAAUAUGGGUCAGGGGUCGUACUACGGCAACAUCUUGAGACAGGAUAUCUUGACCAGCUAUUCACAGGAGGCUGUUCAUGAUAUGGCCGAUGAAAUUUUGGACAGCAUUCAAAAGCAGCUUGUCGAGGUGACGUCUCCGAAUCGCUACAAGUUUUUGGGUUCCAUGCCCAACGGUGAUUCAAGCGCCCUUCGGGAAUUCAUCACCGACCAGGAUGCUUGUUCGCUCGCUGGGCUCUUGGUCUUUCACUCUACCGAUGGAAAGUGGUAUCGCAGAGUGAAAAUUGCCGGCGUCACGCCGAAACAGGAAGAACGAUACCGUUUGGGCCUUGAGAUGCUGAGAUCGUGCGCUGCAACUUGGCUUCAGUCCAAGUCUGGAAUCGCCCCUUACAGAAUCGCCUUUAGCACAGACCCUUAUUCUGAAGUCGAUUUCAAAACAGUCGAUCCCCGCAACAUUCAGUCCUCAGGAGUCUUCGAGGCACUGUUUGAGAUGUAUAGAAUCACCGCCGAUCCCACGUACAGAGAAUGGGGGUGGGAAAUGUUCGAUGCUCUUCGAGAAUGGACCCAACUCGAAGACGGAUCUUUUUGCAUGCUUCAAAAUGCGUUCAAUGGUAAAACAACCGACGCAAUGAACCCGUCUUGGACCGGAAGCACCCUCAAGUUUUUAUGGCUGCUUUUCGAGCACCACGACUCUCCUAUCAAAAUGGAUCACAUGUGUACGUCGCGAGGCCAUUGUUUCCCGCAAUUCGAGAUCCCGGAACACAUCCAAUGA